GUGGCUGGGAGACCGCACAGUGCCGGGUGUACAGUGGCGCUGACUCGCUACACUGACCGAGUGCUGAGGCAGCAGUUUUGUUUUUUUGCUUUAGUUCUUUUGUUUCCUCCGUCGGUAGAGAGGCUGUCGCGUCGGGAGAAGAGUAAGUUGUGGCAGUGAUGUGUCGCAGGUGACGCCUGAGAGCCGAGAGAGGGACGACCAGCAGCGCUGUCUGUCGGCUUAGGGGAACGACCUCCGCUCUGCCCGGACGGAACGACUCCACGACCUCCCCAAGUGUCCGGAAGGAGGUCCCCGCGAGAGUGAGCGGCGCGACGCGGCCGUAGCGGACCUCCGCCUUCCCCUUCCUCCUCCUCUUCCUCUUCCAUAUCCUCCGCCUCCUCCUGCAGCAGGAUGGUGUUCAUCAAGACGAUGCUGGUGCGGCGGCGCGGCGUGCUGCUCAAGCUGGUGGUGGCGCUGCCGGCCCUGUGGCUGCUGGUGAGCCUGGCCACGCUCUCCGAGAAGGCGGACAAGGGCGACGCCAUGGACCUCCCGCCCGCCGUGCACGUGCGCCACGAACAGAACAAGAUCAUCCGCAACGACCCCGUCAAGGAGCCGCCUCCGCCGCCGCCGCCCGUGCACCCGCGGGCGCCCGCCGUCGUCGAGAAGCAGCCGCCGCCGCCGGAGGUCAAGACGCACACCAAGACGGAGGAGCCGCAUGAGGUGCACCCCCAGCAAGGCGUCCUCCUGCCUCCCCAGGAGCCCAACGGCCCCGGAGAAAUGGGCAAGCCCGUGGUGCUCCCGAAGGACCUCGAUCCUGAGACCAAAAAGAAGGUGGACGAAGGAUGGAAAAACAACGCCUUCAACCAGUACGUCUCGGACAUGAUCUCCGUCCACCGAUCCUUGCCCGACCCGCGCGACGAAUGCCCACCUCAUGAAGCAGCUGGAGGACUACAUGGCGCAGUACCCGAAGGUGCGCAUCAUCCGGGCUCCGAAGCGCGAGGGCCUCAUCCGGGCGAGGCUGAUGGGGGCCGCCCACGCCACGGCGCCCGUCCUCACCUUCCUCGACUCCCACUGCGAGUGCACCACAGGUUGGCUGGAGCCUCUGCUGGACCGCAUUGCACGCAACCGCCAGUCUGCAGUAUGCCCCUCUAUUGACUCUAUCACGGACGACUCCUUUGAGUAUGUGUUGGCCAUCAGGGAGGGGGUACCCCCAGUUGGGGGGUUUGAUUGGUUCCUGAAGUUCAACUGGCACGCCAUCCCGCAGCGGGAGCGCGCCCGCCACCAGCACCCCGCCGAGCCCGUGCAGUCGCCCACCAUGGCGGGCGGCCUCUUCGCCAUCGACAAGGCCUUCUUCGAGCGCCUCGGCACCUACGACUCCGGCUUCGACAUCUGGGGCGGCGAGAACCUCGAGCUCUCCUUCAAGACGUGGAUGUGCGGCGGCACCCUGGAGAUCGUGCCCUGCUCCCACGUGGGCCACAUCUUCCGCAAGCGAUCCCCCUACAAGUGGCGCUCGGGCGUCAACGUGCUCAAGAGGAACUCCAUCCGCCUGGCCGAGGUCUGGCUCGACGAGUACAAGAAGUACUAUUACGAGAGGAUUGGCUACGACCUGGGCGACUUUGGCGACGUGAGCGAGCGGAAGAAGCUGCGCGAUGACCUCGGCUGCAAGUCGUUUAAGUGGUACUUGGAGAACGUGUACCCAGAGCUGUUCGUGCCCGGAGACGCCGUGGCUUCGGGAGAGAUCCACAACUUGGGCACCGGACAGUGUGUGGACUCCGCUGCCAAGCCUGAUGAUAACCACAAACCGGUCGGUCUCUGGCCAUGCCAUGGUCAGGGCGGAAAUCAGUAUUGGAUGUUGAGCAAGGAAGGAGAGAUCAGGCGUGAUGAAGCGUGCAUGGAUUACGCUGGUGCUGACGUGAUCCUUUACCCGUGCCAUGGAUCAAAGGGAAACCAAUACUGGGAGUACAACCCAGAGUCGAGUCGCAUCAUGCAUGGCAGCAGCAAGAAGUGUCUUGCAAUUUCUCAAGACCGGAAGAAACUUGCAAUGGAAGACUGCAAUUUAGAAGAAUCAAGACAAAAGUGGAAGUUUGAAAAUUAUGAUCCCAGCAAAAAACUAUGAAAACAGAUCAAAUAUUAAAUAAAUAUUUGUUUUGUUUAUAUAUUUUUUCAAGUGCCUGUGUAUUGAUUUUCAGUAAUAUGCUGAAGAAUGGGAAAGAGUUUCAAGUUGAAUUAUUUAACAGUGAAUUUAGGUAAAAAAAUUUGGAUGAGCCAAACUUCAAAUUCUUUCUCUGCAAUUGGUCAUCUUUAUCAUACCUUCUUGAUUUCGCUAAGAAAUUUUUAUGGUGGUUAAAUCACCUGCGGAAAUAUGCAGACCACUUGGUUCCCCAUCCGCACGAAGCUGUAGGAAAGUUCACUGUGAACCAAGGUUUCAGAAUCAGUGAUUGCUGUGCAUGUCUUCUGCCACACUGUUGCUCUAGCUCAUAAAGGUUGUGAUCUAGAGGAUCUUCCUUUAGCUUUUUAUUCUACAGCUGGUCACUGAGACUCAAAUAGAAAAAGAAAAAAAAAAAAGGAUAAUUUCAUGUUGAAAGAAACAGGGUUUUUUUCUGAUAACAUCCCAUGUUUCUGGUGAGAUUAUUUUUCUACUAAUUGCACUUCUGAUGUUCAUUUGAAAGCAAAGGCAGUUCAUAACAAAAUGCUGAGUGUUUUGUACUGUUUUAGUCAGAAAGACUUUCUUGUGAUUAGUGUAUUCAUGAAAACCAUCAAAUGUCGUAAGAGGUUUAGCUAAGUGUGACACAACAAAACAAAUCAAGAGGUAACUUGUAAAGGGAAGUUUGAGUACUAGCUCAGAAGUGGCCAGAAAUAGAUAUUGAAAACUAGUUAAAGUUAAAAUCCAUAAGAAAUUGAAUCAUUGGUUUUGGUUUGUGAGAUAUUAAUAUGGUAAAUAAUCAUGUGGGGAUGUUCUAAAAAUAGUUGCAGCUGGAUUUAGUAUCAAUGAUACAGCUGAUGGAGAAGUGUGAAAUUGUUUUGAGACUGUUGGACCAGUGUACCAGUGAUGUGGGAGGUGGACAUGAACAAGUGUGCCUCUGUUGACUGUGCCAGAAAUAAGAAUUGCAGUUUGUGAUUAGAAGAAGUUGGUAACAUGCUUCUUAUUAGUGGCAGGAUUCAGAGUACUGGAUAUCCAGUAUGAAAUUUGAUGAUUGAAAAUGAUUCACAAUUGCAUAUUAUGUUCUGAAAUAGCAAAAACGUAGGACCAAUCUGUAAUAUUAUAUAGUGUGUGAAGAGUGACUCUGUGUGUUUACCAGUCUAAGAUACUUCAGAUUAUCUUAUCCAGAAUAGUGUAUUACCUCAUGUUAAUUUUGUUUUUCCUUGACUUCAGUACUGCUUACUGCAGUUUGAGUACCUUCUCCAUAUUGGUGCUUGGGAUAUACUCUUUGAUUUUUAGGGUAAAAAAAAUGUUUUGGGAAUAUGAUAAAUGGGUUUAAAAGUUCCCAACAUGUAGUGUUUUGGGAAGAAACACUAAUUCUUGACUCUAUGCCCACAAUGUGGGAGAAGGAGAAAGACAAGAGACAGAUCAGGAAGGUGGUUGUCAAUUAUGUUGUGAUGUAAAUAUCCAGAUCCUGAUCCAGGCAUCUGCCAGGGAGGAAACAGUAACAAGACACAGAUAAUUCUAGAGAGAUUUGUCUAUGUAUACAGUCAAAUCUAUGUCCAUUAGCAGAAAAUUAGUAAAACUCAUUUCAAGUUUCCCCCUCCCCCUUUUUCUUUCUGUUCAUGUGUUUCACUUUUUAUGUAUAUUCACCAACACUGAUUUUCAUUAUUAUUACAUUCUAUAAUGUCUUCCUGAUCUGCAAUGUUAAGUCUUAUUAGACAGUUAACUCUUAUAUGUAAUUGUUAUUGCUUUCUGUGAUUUCUCUGUCCCAAUUCCCUUUUGUAUCAUCAGUGUGUGCAAUAAGCAAGACAUAUCCUCUUCAUAGGUUAAAAUUCAUCAUCAGUUUUUCCGUUUCCAUUUUCGUUAAACUGCCAACACUUGAAGAAAGUCAGGAAUGCUGUACUUUUGAAGAUAUCCACACAAUGGGGACAGCUUUAAGAUUCAUGAAAGUUAUAAGACUGUAUUUUUUGUUGAUUUUUGUUUGUUUUUGGCAUAUUUAAUCAGUUGUAGUUAUGGUUUGUUAUUAGGAUCCCUGUAACAAGAAUUUGAAAUGGAUAUUUUGUCUAGAUUUAUCUAGAUGUAUAGAGAGAACAUAAUGUACAAAAUUGAUUAAUGUUAACAGUUAAGUUUCAUAGUGGUAGUUCAUUAAGAAGCUGCUUAAUGUUUCUCAAUAUGAUUGAUAAGAUUUUAAUUUUUUUGUAACUUUAUUAGAAUUCUGAUAAAGUUUUACCCAGUGACAGUUACAGUUUAAUCAAUUAUACUUGCAAAUUGCGUAGAAGAAAUAUCAGAGCUAUUGUAAUAAGGCAAAGGCAAAAAAAAAAAAAAAAAAAGUCUGAAUGCUAUUGAUAAAGAAUUAUUCCCACUAAGAGCUUUGUCCCCUGAUUUGCCCCAUGUGUAAUUUGUGAUGUACUUGGUAGAGUUAAGGUGUUUAUGUUAAAACUCCAUAUUUGGCUCCUCUAGCAUUCCACUUAACAUUCCUUGAUAUAUAUUUUUUUUUUACACAUUGAAAGUUAGUGUUAAUUACAUCAGUGUACAAAAUAUCAUUUGAGCAUCAUUGUUGUAAUAUGGUUAUUUAUGAAAGCUAACACAUAUCUUUUAUUCAUGAAAACACUGUUGCCAUUUCACAUAUCAGCAUUUAGGGUAAUAACUUUUCAGUAGAUUUUGAUACAGCUGCUUCACUGUUUCAUUUCAUUUCAGUGUAAAUGAGUAGAAUGUAUUGCUUUUUACAAAUUUACACAGCUCUGUAUCAUAUGAUAUAAAGACAAACACUUACUCCUCUGUACAAAAGAUAGAUUAACAUGUAAAAAAAAAAAAAAUAAUAAUAAUUUUGUAUGACGAUCUUAAAAAGUAUUGGGAAAUAUGACACACACAAACACAUAUAUACCCCCCUCCACAAACACACAACACACACACACACACACACACACACACACACACACACACACACACACACACACACACACACACACACACACACACA